AUGAUGGUGCUGAUAAAGAGCUAUCAAGCGACUCCCCGCAAUACAGAUCUUCAAAAAGGCCAUCAUCGCCAAAAAAACAGUGAGAAUGGGGAAAUAAACUCUAGAUCCAGAGAGCAUCAUCUUAGAAAAUACAUCCCACGGAGAUUUCAUAGAAAAUCACUUCCAGGUUCAAAUAACUUUGAUGAAAGAUUUCAUAUUUCAGAAUACUCCGAUAGACUCAAGAAUAGCUUAAAUAGAAAGUUAGAUUCUAUUAACAAAAGAAUAAAAAAUAUUUAUAAGCACCAUGAUUAUGAUUCUGAUACUUUUAUUGAGGAAAUUGGAAUCGGUAUCGAAGAGGAUGUUAAAUCGCCAGCUGGGGUUUUCGAUGAGUUUUUGGAUAAGGAUUUAGCGUUAAUCUUAGAUGAGCCUGAAGAAUUGAUGUCAAAUGAUUAUGAGGAUGAGGACAUAACUCAUAGUUUUGAUGAAUUACAUUCCAAAUAA